CGUCAUGAAAUCUUUAGCGGGUAUGUCUGGAUUUUGGAAAUUGCCCAUUUAUAAGGCUAGUUUUUAGGUCAAAACCUCCCAGUACAAUUAUGUUUGACGUUGCAUUGAGUAGUGCUGGAGCGACUAUCGCCCUGGCAACAUCGUAUGAUGAAAAUUAUCCACCAGAGAACAUGAUAGAUGGGUAAGUUUUGCGGUCGUUUGGUAACUUUAUGAUUUCGCGAAUUUGAAGUUGAAAAGAUUAUUAAGAAGCCAAGAACGUUUUAAGCUCUUUUCUAUUCAUGAAGCCCCCUGAAAAUGUCUUUUCUUUAUUUCUUACAAAUAAAAAUUUGACAGGGUAAGGUAGGCAUUUUCUUUUAUUAAAAGUUCUAAGGCCCUGAUGAAAAGUCUGCAAUUUGCAUUGUUGUCAUGGCGACGUGGAUGGCCAUGAUAAAAUAUACAGUAUUCUUGUUUUUGUCUGGUUUAUUAUUAUUAUUUUUGGUUCUUUUUUGUAGAAGCUUAGAGACGUUUUGGCCAACAACAGGAUUGUUUCCUCAAGAAUUCAUCAUCAGCUUCAGUACCUUGAUGAGUAUAGGGAACAUCAAAAUCUCAUCUGCAAAUGGUAAGAUCCCAGAAUACACUUGAACACAGCGGAACCUCAAUAUAACGAAGGGCCAAGGAACUGGCUAAAUUUGUUUGCUCUAAUGAGGUUCUGUUGUAACGAGGUUCUUUUUCAUAUGUAUUACUAUUACUGUAUACCUGCCAACUCUCACGCCUUAGGCGUGAGUCUCAUGCCUGCGGGUUGAAAACUCCGAUCUCACGCCGGCUCAAGCUUGCGAGCCAAUUUCUCACGCCUGAUUGAAAAAUUUGAGUUGUUGCUGUCUUGCUUGACACAAUUUCCAAGAAUAUGUUAACUCAGACCCAUGUAAGGAACGAAAACCAUGUGUAAAAUGAAUAAAUGACAAUAUCUUCCUCGCGAUCUCUGAUUUUGUGGAUAAGCGUUUUCGCGAUAACUUUGCCCUCGGCAGACUUCGGAAGACUUCGGACUUCUUGGGAAGACUUCGGACUUCUUCGGGGAUCUUCGGAAAUGAUUGUGUCGUCUUCAAAAAUCCCAGCACUCCCAGGAUAAAAAUCUCACGCUUAUCUCUCAGAAAAAGUUGGCAGGUAUAUUACUGGGGUAAAGAAACUAAUAUUAUGCCGAGGACGUCAUUAUCCAGAGGUUCAUUAUAUUGAGGUUCCACUGUUUCCCCUUUAUGGAGAGGGUGGGGUCCACGGUUUUUUUUUUCUAAGGGGUUUGACAUUUCAGUGUGGAGGGAUUUUACCCCUCCCCUGUCAGUGAACCUAUUAAUCUACCACCAGAGAUUGAUAAUAAGCAGCUGCCAAUCAAAUGAGAAUGUUUGCCCAUGAAGUCUACCCUCUGUAACAUAGGCCAUCCUCUUAACCAGGGAACUAACUCUGGUCCUCCAAGCCAGGUGUUGGUUUAAAGAGCAGUGUAGGUUUCAUGGGCAGAUCCGGGGAAGGGGCCUGCCCUGCCCCCCUAAUUUUUAGACCAAACUGAGGCCUAAAGGGCCAAAAAAAGUUUUCUUAGAGACUGGACCCACCUUAUUUAAGGUUCUGAAUGACAGCCCCUCCCCCUCCCCCCCCCCCACCUUAUCUCAAGGUCUGGAUCCGGCACUGGGUUUGACCUCAGACUUGAGGUUUUACGUUGUUUUAGCUCGCUUGCAAAAAGCACUUUCAAGGUUAUUUCUGAUAAACUGCUUGAUUCCACUUGAAAACUGUACAUAUUUCCUUCAAACAUGAAGGAAGAAUUUGGCCUUUGAGCUACUGCCACAUGAAACAUAGUGGCUGAUUGCUCCAACAUACGAUAAUAAUAUUAUUUACUUUUUUUCACAGUGAAAGACCUUUGCAUAGAGAAAAGCACAAAGACAGAGCCAGUAGAUUUUGAACCCCUUGUGGAUAAAGGUAUAGUUUUAUUUAACAAUACAGAAGUAUCUGAAUGUUUGACCAUUUUGAUGCAGCUAACUUCCUAAUACUCAUUUCCUGGGGCGCUCUUCUCCUUACAGAGUAUGAAAACAUAGAUGGUCAACUACAGAGGGAUGAAAUCAAGGUAGUUCACAGCUUAAGAAUUCAAUACAGUGUAGCUUCAGGUUGUAGGGAGUGGUGGUGGUGGUGGGGGAGGGAAUUGCUAAGUAACUGAGGAUUGUAAUGGCAACAAGAAUGUCAAGAGAUUGUUUGAAUGAGCAGAAUAACUUUGCCUGUGCAUCACUCUUGCUGGCUCACUUUUAUGCCAUACUGGAAAUAGAAGUUCUAAAUGAACAAUUUUUUGAGGGACAUGAAAUAAUUAUGAUGAAAGAUUUUCAUUUCUCUUUGUAACCUUAGAUGUGGUCUAAAAGAAUUCAACUCACAUUAAAUGUUUGCUUAAGCUCAUUCCUUUAUUACCUGUCAAAAGCUUUCAGAAAUUUAAUGUGGAUAGCAUACUAACUUCUCUCUCUCAAUGAUCAAUACUGAAAACUUUUUCUCUCUUUUUUAGAUUCCUGUCACAUCAGCUUGCCAUCUGAAAUUUCUCAUUAAGAGUGGCUUUGAUCAUUUUAUUUUCGUUCAUAAUGUCAGUGUUGAUGGUACAGCAGUCCACUGAUUAUUUAAAAUAUAACAAACAAACAUUUAUUUAAAUAUUUAUUGUCAGUGUUGGUAGAGAGAUACCAUUCUAAAAGUUGAAAUAGGAAAAUUCUGUUUAAAAAACGUCCAUUUUUUAUUUUACUCCUAUGCAAGCAGAGGCUACAUUUGCACAGUGUGAGUUGGUGUGCAAAAUAUAGCACACCAAUUUACACGUGAAAAUCCAGCCUCUGCUCACAGGGUGUCCAUUUAAAGGCAUGAAUGCAAAAGUGAUAGAUGUUUUGUUUAAAGCAAUCUCUUUAAGGCAUCGAAAGAACUAUUCUUUUAGACUGGAAACAGUCCAUAUUUUUUGUACGUGAAAAUUAUUGCCUGUUGCAUUUGAUCAUGAAUACACUAGAAACAUUCCGAUCCUCAUCUGCUGAUGACAGCCCUGCAGAGCAGAAUAAAAAAAGAAAAGACGAAAAUAUAAAAUAUUGCUAAUAACUUCUUUUAUUCAAUGUUUUCAGUGUG